AACGAGCCAGAAGUUAAAUUUGAGAGCCCAACAUCUGAACAUAUAUAUUAAUCAGAUUGAAGACAUGACUGCUUCUAUGAUGAAAGCUGUCUUCUCUUGGAUCAUCAUGGCAUUUCUGCUUCUUCCAUGGUCUGAACUUGCUGCCGACGCCGCUCUGACCAGGCACUACAAGUUCGAUAUCAAGCUGCAAAAUGUUACGAGGCUGUGCCACACCAAGAGCAUCGUUACAGUCAAUGGAAAGUUUCCGGGACCUCGCAUUGUGGCUCGAGAGGGCGAUCGUCUUCUCAUAAAAGUGGUUAACCAUGUUCCCAAUAAUAUUUCACUUCACUGGCACGGCAUAAGGCAACUCCGAACCGGGUGGGCUGACGGACCAGCGUACAUCACGCAGUGCCCCAUCCAGACCGGGCAGAGCUAUGUUUAUAACUACACCAUUGUUGGGCAGAGAGGAACUCUCUUCUGGCACGCCCAUAUUUCCUGGCUCCGAUCCACUGUCUAUGGCCCCAUUAUCAUCCUUCCCAAGCUUAACGUCUCCUACCCUUUCCAAAGGCCACACAAGGAAGUCCCCAUCAUCUUUGGAGAGUGGUUCAAUGGAGAUACUGAGGCAAUAAUUAACCAGGCCUUGCAAACUGGUGGCGGCCCAAACGUCUCUGAUUCAUACACCAUCAAUGGCCUUCCCGGUCCUUUGUAUAACUGUUCUGCUAAGGAUACAUUCAAGCUAAAGGUGAAGCCAGGGAAGACCUACCUUCUUCGUCUCAUCAACGCAGCGCUCAACGACGAUCUCUUCUUCAGCAUUGCCAACCAUACUCUCACCAUCGUCGAAGUCGAUGCCGUCUACAUCAAGCCAUUCGAGACCCAGACGCUUCUCAUCACGCCCGGUCAGACCACCAAUGUCCUUCUCAAGACCAAACCCUACUUCCCGGACGCUACCUUCCUCAUGAUGGCCAGACCAUACGUCACCGGCUUCGGCACCUUCGACAACUCCACUGUUGCUGGAGUUGUCGAGUAUGAAUCAUCAACGGUUUCGAUGAAGAAACUUCCGCUCUUCAAACCAAAUUUACCAGACCUAAAUGACACCGCCUUUGCCACCAAUUUCACACAGAAACUCAGAAGCCUAGCCAGUGCCCAGUACCCAGCAAACGUGCCCCAGAAAGUUGACAAGCAAUUCUUCUUCUCAGUUGGCCUUGGAACGGCCCCUUGUGACCAGAAAAACCAGACCUGUCAGGGGCCUAAUGGCACCAAAUUCUCAGCUUCGAUCAACAAUGUGUCUUUUGUACAACCAACUACGGCGCUGCUCCAAGCUCACUUCUCUGGACAAUCGAAUGGAGUUUACAGCCCUGAUUUUCCGAUUAGUCCGCUUCACUGGUUUAACUAUACCGGGACUCCACCAAACAAUACUAUGGUUGGCAAUGGGACAAAGGUUGUGGUGCUGCCCUUUAACACUAGUGUAGAGUUGGUGAUGCAGGAUACAAGCAUUCUGGGAGCUGAAAGCCACCCUUUCCACCUCCAUGGCUUCAACUUCUUUAUUGUUGGCCAAGGGUUUGGGAACUUUGAUCCCAAAAAGGAUCCCCAAAACUUCAAUCUUGUGGAUCCGGUGGAGAGGAACACGGCGGCUGUGCCAUAUGGUGGAUGGGUAGCUAUCCGGUUUCUAGCAGAUAAUCCUGGUGUGUGGUUCAUGCAUUGCCACCUUGAAGUCCAUACCAGCUGGGGAUUGAAGAUGGCUUGGCUUGUCUUGGAUGGAAGCCUUCCCAACCAGAAGCUUCUUCCUCCUCCUGCUGAUCUUCCUAAAUGUUGAUAUCUUCGCUCGGCUGCAGAUGCCCGCCUGGCUUCUUCGUUUUUCGCAGAGAUCAAUUCGAGAUUUUCCUUUUUUAAACAGUUGUUUAGGCUUGGGAUUAAUCUGUUGUUGACUUGCUUCCCAAUAAAUUAAUUCACAAUUGCUCAUGGAUAUAGAAGAUCGAUUCUUUUUAUAAGAUUCAAUGCAAGGCGUCGUCAAUAAUAUAUAAUUUUAGAGCAUCAAAUUUACGC